CGAAGUUGCCGUGCUCGCCGCCGUACGCCUUAUCGAGGAUAACAAAGGAGUGGACUUCAUGGAACCGCAAGCCGCCGAUAAAUUAUGAUCGAAUUUUCGAUUUGAGCGGUGUGAAACUCUUCGUUCCACCCAUUGACACUGGAAAUUAGCCGUGGCGUUCGCAUCGAGGCCUGUCAAGUACGGGUGCGUUAGUCCGACGACAAAUAUUAUGGCUUGACAAUCCUGUCGUCACGAAGCAGAUAAUACAUAUACUAAUAACACAAGCAGCAGUACAUAGUACACCACAACAAAUUCGGCGACCAGUUCUUCAUGCUCGUAUCGCACGGACGGCCGCCGCUUUCGAAGCCGCAUCUUGCCACAGGCAAUUAACGCGGCUCAACUGAAUUGACAACAUAGAAGCAGUGUAGCGCCAGCACGUGUUCCGCAAUGUUGCCCAGCGAUCAGCCCGCCUGCCAGGUCAUCGGCUACUGGAUGUCGGAGAAAAAAAGCCAGAAGCUGAACUGGAGCGAAUUCGCCGGAGUGUGCAAGUUAAAUGGAAUAGAGCUAGUCAAGCUUGAUCUACAAAAGCCUCUGGAUACGCAAGGACCUUUCACGGCCAUCCUGCAUAAACUGACGGACAUCAUAGCUCUAGCAACGCAGAAAGAUGCCGAGGCCCAGGCGAUGAUGGACAACAUCGAGAGCUUCCUGGAUGCGCACCCUGAGGUCGCGGUCAUUGAUCCUUUGCCCAAUGUGCGUCAACUGCUUGACAGAUCUCUUUCAUACUCGGUCAUUCGUUCCAGUGAUUUGGAGAAGAUUGAUGUGUUCACUCCGACUUAUGUUGAGCUGAAUUCUGACGACGUGCAAGUAAAUCUUUCCAAAUUGGCGUCAGGAGGAGUGAAGUUCCCAUUUGUCUGCAAACCCCAAGUGGCCCAUGGCUCAAGCAACGCUCACAAGCAUGAGUCUUCUUCGCAGAUGUCGAUUAUUUUCAACGAAGCAGGAGUAGCAGACUGCAAACCGCCAUGCGUCGCCCAAACCUUUAUCAACCAUAAUGCCCUUCUGUACAAAAUAUUUUCCGUUGGCGAUGACCACCACGUCGUUAAGAGACCUUCGCUGAAGAACUUUCACUCAUCUGACCAAAAGACGAUUCACUUUGACAGUCACGAUGUGUCCAAGGCUGACUCUUCCUCAGCUCUGAGCAUUCUCGAUGAGGGCAAAGUUGAGGAACACCAGCCAGAUGCUGACCGGUUCAGCAAAAUUGCGCACAUCCUGAACAAAGCGCUCGGCAUGGACUUAUUGGGCAUCGACGUUGUGAUUGAAAACGGAACAAACCGAUAUGCCAUCAUUGACAUAAACGCGUAUCCAGGUUAUGAUGGCUACCCGAAUUUUUUCAACAGUUUGUUAAGUUGCAUUCAAAACACGAUUAAAUCUCACAAAAAACGCUUGGAAUCGGGCUUUGACACUGGCUAUUCUAGUGAUGAAAAAAAGAAAAAUCUGCCUAUCGGCCGGAUACACAAGAAGAGUUCCGCGAACAGCUCCACGGGUAGCUAGUCAUGGCGCCUUGUUGCGAAAUAUAUGCCACAUGAUGCCUUUGGUAUUUUGCUGUCAUAAUUUUUAGUACAAAAGGAACUGUGGGACCGUUUUCUUCCAUUAUUUUUUCCAUCUUUCUACAUGAUAAGCUAUAUCUUUUAUCUACUUUUAUCUUGACUAUCAUAUGAUUCAUUUCCUGAGACUUUUAUUUUACUGCUUAUAUUGUACAAUAUUACAUUUGUCCUUCCAUGGUCGGACAUCUCUAAAAAUUCUACAUCAGCAGUUUGCUUUCAUUUACAAACGUGUCUUCGAUUCAUUCCAAUUUGUAUAUUAUGUAUGUGUUGCUGCUAAAUAGUAACGACUGGCAUGGUAAAUUGUGCCACACAGGCGGUCAGUGUAUUUUCUACAUAGGACGAAGGCUUUCAGAUUAUUUGGCCCUUCUAUGAGUUAACCAAGGUGUUAAUUCAAAAAAAUUAUAACAGUUCAUUUUUGGCGUUGAAUUGAUUCUGAUGACUAAUGAUUUGUGACAUUAUAGGUGAUAUAUUGUUAUUGUUAAUGACAUUCAAAUUCAAUGAUCAAACUUGAGGUCUGAAAGUCCUUUCUUAAGAGGCAUUUUGCAUAUUUUGUAAUAUUCAUCUAAAUUACGAAUGCAGAUAAAUGAUAAAUUUUGUUGAAUAUUAUAAAUAUUUAUUGUUAAUAUAUGAAUCCUCAUUUGCUGCAGGUGUUAAUAAAAAGGAUAAAAAGCAA